AAUGUCAGUCAAAGCAAAAAAAUAUUUAAAACAAAUAUCUUUAAAGAAUAAGCUAAUUAUCGUCAAAGAUUCUCCAUUUGAAGAGAAUUUGUUAUCUGAAGAGGGUUCUUUAUUUAAAAAAGAUUCUGAAAUAUCUUCUAAUGAUGAGAUUAUGUGA